AUGUACUGUGCUACUAGGGUAUUUGUUGGCUAUUGUGAAGAUUCCAAAGGCUACCGAUUAUUUGAUAUAGAAGAUAAAGGAAAGAUUAUCAAAGCAAGAGAUGUUGUUUUCUUGGAAAAUAAAUUUUCAAUAGAAGAAAGAAGCGAAGCAGAUAAUAAUUUAAAUUCUUAUAUUUAUUUGAGUAAUGAAGAUAAAGAAGUUCUUUCUUCUGAAGAAGACAUACAACAAAAUGAUAUUAGAUCAGAAAGAAGAUCUGAAGAAGAUGAAGAAGAAUUUCAAAGUUUAACAGAUCAAGAACAACAAGAUGCUGAAGAAGACAAUAGAGAAACAGAGAAUAGACAUCAAGAUCAUAAAGAUCAAGAUCAAGAGGAUCAAGAUAAUGAUAAAAAUCAAGAUCGAGAGGUUCAAGAUAAUGUAGGAGAAGACAUUAGAGAAACAGAGAGAAGAUAUCCUAAAAGAAAUAGAAGUAGCAAGAAGUUUUCCGAUUAUUUCCUGUUUCAAGCAACCUGUGAGCCAAUUGAUCCUAAGAAUCUUACUGAAGUUUUGAAGCGAGAUGACCAUGAUAAAUGGAAAGAAGCAAUGAGAGCAGAACUUCAUUCAAUGGCGAAAAAUAAGGAAAUGGUGCAAUAUCUUGGGAGGCUCGAAAACAGCGUUUAGUGGCAUUAUCGAGUACAGAAGCAGAAUAUAUUGCUCUUUCCGAGUCUGCCAAGGAAGCUAUACAUUUAAAAGGCUUGUUAAAUGAAUUAAUUAGUUAUGAUGAGAAAAUUAUCUUAUGUAAUGAUAAUCAGAGUGCACAAAAGUUGGCAUGUAAUCCUGUGUUUCAUAACAAGACAAA